AUGUUGUUUCAAGGCCUCACCGCGGCUGUGCUGCUCGGCUGCCUCUCACACAUUGCUUCCACCUUCCCUGCGCCUGCCAACACUCCCGCCGCCGUCGUAACCUCUACCCACAACAUCUAUCUCGUAUCUUGCGUCCCGCGGAACAGCAGUGUAGGCACCACAGGUGCAAACUUCACCGCAAUAGCAUACUUCCGCCAGCCUCUUAAUGCAAGCGAACUGGUCGGCGAGAAAGACCCAAAGACCGACCAUGCUGCCGUCGUCAGCGACCCAGCGAGUGCCUGGGAGGGAGUGAAAUGGAGAGUUAAAGUUUGGAGGGAUAAGAUGUUUGCAACGGAAAUUCCGGCAGGGUCUGAUGCGUUGGAGAAAGGCCAGUUGGCAGGGACUGUGACUUUGGAUGCGGAACAUUUUGUCUGCUUUAGGGAUGGACAGACGGGGAUUCGGGUUAGGGAGGAUGAUGGACCGCGUGGGAAUUGUGUGGCGGAUUAUUGGUGCCCAAGUAUUGAUCCUAAAAAAGAGAAGGAUGACACGAAGAGGGAAUUAGAGGUUUUGGGAGUGUGA